AUGUCUGUACCUAAUUAUAAUCAGGCACCAAAUAUGGUUCCGCAUAAUGAAUAUAUUGAAGCUGAACAUAGUUCCUAUGAAGAAGUUGAUGAUAUUGUAUCAAAUGAAGACGAUCAAAAAAUGCUGUGUUCAACAUUUAGAGCAUGCUUAACCUCAAUCUGGUAUCAAACGUAUUUACAAUCACCCUACGCUGUGCCUGGAUGGGUGCAGGCAAAUAUCGCUGUGGGCUUUAUCUGUAUAAAUUGGAUUAUUAGCCCUCUGUUAUGGUACACGGAUGUAUGGAAUUUUAAAAUACUGCCGAUUCAGGGCUCUGUUCGUCGUUCUGUCGAUGGAAGUAUUUACAGAAUAGCUGAAGUUGUAGAUAUACCUGCUUCUUUAAGUAACCUGCCACAAUAUCGUUUGAAUGAAACAGCUUAUGAAAAAUACGGACCAGUCAGGUUACCUCUCACAAUGAUCGUUUCUUAUGCUUGUCAUCUUGCUUUUAUACCUGCAAUAAUCGUCCACACGAUUCUAUAUCACGGUAAAGAUAUUCUGAAGCAUUUGCAUACGUCUCUAAAUAACCGUAACAAUGAUAUUCAUUGUCGUCUCAUGUCUAAUUACAAGGAAGCACCUGAAUGGUGGUAUGCUGUUUUAUUCAUUUUAGUAACAGUUCUUUCAACUAUCAUUUGCCAUCUCGCGGAAAUCAUGCCGUGGUACUAUGUACUAAUUGCUGCUUCAGUUGCAUUUUUAUUAAUUUUACCGGCCGGUAUACUGUAUGCUAAUACAGGUUUAGCGGAAUUCUUGUUUACAAUGCCAGCCAGCAAUCUACUCGCCUCCUUAUUCUUUGUUAAUGCACCAACAGAAGCCGUUGUUUUCAACAUGUAUAUCCCUCGUUCGACGUUUACAGCAAUUAAUUUCCUUGUGGUACUAAAGCUUAGUCACUUUAUGAAAAUUCCACCUCGAGUUAUGUUUGUUGCAAUUAUUAUCUGUUCACUAAUCUCUGCUAUUACAUGCUCGCUCACUGCAUUUUCCAUACGAAAGACAAUAAAAACACCAACACUGUGUGAUCGCUCAAAACCGGAACAACUAUGCGUAGAUGAAGCAGCACGUGAAUUUGCGCUUGCUAUUCUAUUUUCCCUUGUCGGUAAGUGCAAUCAAGAUAAAAGUGUUUUUUGUCGUAUCAUUCGAUAG